UGAAAGAAUUUGGAAAGACAUAGUUCUGUGGAAUGAAGUAAUGCUACCAAGACUUGAAAGCUUUUACAAACUCUUCUUGCUACCAGAACUAGCUGCCCCUAGAUAUGGUACUUACACUGGCAUAAGGAAGCCAAAAGCACCAUGGUUCAAUGUUCAUCAAGAAUCUACAGCCUGUAGUACAGCUGGCAGUAAUGUUACUCACACAAGAGAGAACUUACAGACCAACUCCAGCAAGAACAGCACAAUUACAUGUAGUACUACUACUACUAGUAGCACUUCAGACAGUUUCAGGAAUGAGGAAAAGAAACAACCUCCUGAAACAACCAACAACCUUCAAGUAUCAAAGGAUGACAAAUGUAAAGGCAGGGCCAGACGGAAAAAAGCAGUGAAGUUUGUUGGUAGAGGAAUUAUACACCUAUGGACAGUAUGUGAAAAAAAAGAAAACAAAGUGGUACAAGGGUAAUGUACUAGAUGUCGUUUCAGGUAUGUACUUAAUAUGAGUGGUCAUAGUUACACGUAUGUGUCCCAUCACAAAGUGGUGUGAGACACAUAUUGAUUUACUCCAGUGUGUCUGUCUGUCAGAAAUCUUGUCCGGACUCGUAAGUCGAACAUUUCUCAUCCAAUCUUCACCAAACUUAAACAAAAUGUAUUUG